AAUACAUUUAACAGGUCAUGCGGGGCUGGGCUCCGGAGGGCAGGAAGACUAGAGCCGAAAGGCGCGGCGGCGUCCCAGAAAGCGGUGCCGGGAGGGUCCCGGUCACCUCGCGGCGCGCACCGGACGUCACUGGGGGCGGGGCCGGAGGCGGGGCCUGGCCUCGUUGUGAGCGGCUCGUAAUCCAUCAUGGCGGCCGCGGGGGUCGGUGACCGUCCCUGAACAGCGCUGGAGCCGGAGCCGGUUCCCGGGUCCUGCGGCUGAGGAGCCCUUCCGUUGUCCACGGCCCCUACCUGCGGGGGGAGGUCGGGUCCUGCGACGGAGCCCGGGGGAUGUGACUGCCUGGCGGCGGCGGCCGUAGCAACGUCCGGGGCCGGGGGAGGGGGUGUUUCGGGCAGAGACCCCCAGGCUCGGAGCAGCUGAGGCAGCCGGGCCUCCUCCCCCCUCUCCGCCCGCCACCCGCCUUCGGGGCCGCGAGAGUCUUUCGUCCCUUACAGCCCCGCCCCGGCUCUGGGACCCUCGGGGUGGUCUCUUUCCCCAGACCUAGGACACCCCGUUUCCUGAGGCGUGGAGGAGCGUCGCCCCCGGAGUAAGCCGCCCGUGCCUCGUCCCGGCAGCCUCCCUCUUGCCCCCGAGCCGCUCCUUGCUCCGACUCCCGGCCCCAGGUUUGGCCUCGGAGCUCCCCAUUCAAAUCCCAUCCCUGCUGUCAAGGGGCCUCCCCUUCCCCCCAGGUUGCUCCCGUGAGGCUCUAAUGCCCUGACUUCUUCCAAUGUCACCUACGGCCCCCUUAGUCUCAGCCCAGCCAAAAACUUUAAUGCAAAGGAAAAGCUUGGACUGGUUUCACAGGCCUUUUAAAAAGCGGACUUAAAA